GAAAGAGCAGAGGUCAAUGUCAGGAUGUAUGCAAAUAUUGGGUGCAAAUGUUUAGGUAGACCUGGGGAACGACAAAAAGGGCUAUAAAAAUCUCAAAUUACAGUCUGAGAGGGUUUGGUAUGCAGGGACCUUCCACUUAGUUUGUUCAAUGAGAUGUCUGCAGCUGCUGUUUCAUCCUGCUCAGAGUUUUCCCAGAAUGCAUGGCGGCCAGAAUUGUGCAGCAACUGCCAACGACCACGCACAGAACAUCCUUCAAAUACUACAGUUACAGUAGCAUCAUCAUCUAGUACACACCGUCUUGGCCGUUACCACACUAGCACAUCUUCAAAUGAUGCAGUGCAAACAUCAACAGCAGAAGCAGAUGUAACCUUACUGCCUGCUUCAAGACGUAAAGGUGUUGGAGAAAGCAAAGAUGUAUCAGGGCCAAUUAUACGACAAAACAAGGAAAGUGUCUCUGGAACUGGGCAGGCUUCUGAGAAGGUAUCAAAUACUGCAGCAGAGACUAGAACCCUGGAUAUUGGCUUAAGCCCUGCAAAGUCUGCAGGCAUACCGAGUAAGGGGAUCUUGGCACAACGAAAGGAAGGUGGAGGCAAUAAGAAAUCACUGAAGCGAGGCUCACGUGUAGCAUUUGUAGACACUUCACCUGAUAUUAUUGGCUAUGAUGGUGGUUUAGAUAAUAACAUUUUUUAUGAAGAGCAGGAUCAAUCACCAUCAUCAAGUGAGGGAACAUUGUCCUUUACAGAUGAAGAAAAAUAUUUCGCACUUCUUGCACUUGAGAACACUCUGUGGAACUCUGAUUUGAAGAAUUUAUCUCAGGCUUUGACCAACACUAAACCAACAGAAAAGGUCAGCCAUGAAUUUGAAGAUGUAAAUCCUGAUGCUCUUUUCCAGACUCAUCGUUUUCAGACUUUGCGAGAUUGUGAUGCUGUUGCACGAUCUGGAACAUUUCCUAUCAGCAAAAAGUCUACAAACUCCAAGAUAAAUGUUGAAAACAUUUUUCCUGCCAGCAGCAUGCACCUUUCUAUGGAUCUCAACUUGUCUUGGCAUGCUAAUGUUGAUGAUGAAAAGCAGAGUGAAAACAAUCCCUCAGAAUUCGAAACUGUGAAAGAUUUAGUGCCUGAGAGAGAAGAGCAGAAAUCUUCACAGUCAGAUGAUCCUUCAUUGAUAUCUGAUGGUGAGGGAAGAAUUGUAAUGGAACCAGUCAUAGCACCUUACAAAAUUGUGAACAUAAUCAGGCAUAGCCACAAUCAGCACUCAUACACUGUUGGUGACAUCACAGAGUGUCUUUAUGAUGUCUCCGACUACCCUUCAUCAUCUACUCCUCAGCGAAGGCCACGGGCUGGCAGCAGUUCAGACAACAGUGGUGGCUCAAGUCAGGGUCAGCCUGGUUCUUCUGAUAGCAGUGCUGGAAGCUCCUCACAGUUGAAAAUCAGAGCCAAACCACGGCACAGUAUUGAACUAUUAAAACGUGUAGAAGGGAAGAGUUGGAGUGAAGAAGAGACUGAAGGGGAACUAACCGACUCUACAACAGCAGCAGGACUUCAGGUUCUUGACCUCCUAAACGACAUGUUGGCUAGCUAUGGUGAAAAUGAGUCCUCUACGGAUGAUUCGGAGGUUUCAUCUCGUAGCAAAAUAAAUUGUCAAAAAUCAGAUUUUGCAGCUCACAUGGCUUCUGUGGCAGCUACUCUUGAUCUUUCCAAACAGAAUCGAGCAAAACGACCAGCACCUCGUCCUCCAAGUUCGCCUCCCCCUGAACCUGGGGCAUCACCUAAAAGAAGGAGUCAAAUGCAACCAGAACCAGUAUUUAAAAUGGUCACAGUAGGUAGGUCUAUUUUGCCUGUUCCCCCAGGCCAGGAAAUUCCCAGGUCUUUUGCACAAACCUUGCCUCUUCCUAGUUUUGAUGACCUCCCAGAAACUGGAGACAGUAGCGAAAAGGGGAAUGAUGCAGGGCGCUCUAAGAAGGGCAUCACUUCCUUCUUUAGAAAUAUUCUGAGACGGGGCCGAGAGAGUUCUGACUCAUUUGAGUCAAAUAACCCAGACAUUCAGUUGCUUCAAAGGACAGAAAUCAAGCCAGAGACUAUUUCCUUGGCCCCAGGAAUUGUUGAUUUCUCACAUGACACUCAAGGAAAUGAAAAAAAGAUAUUACAGACAUCACCUCAGACUAAAUUCCGUGUUCUGCCUUCAGGAGCUGAACAAGAGCUUUCAGAUUCGCAGACACCAAACAGAACUACUGCAUCAGAGAGUGCUGAUGUAAUGACCUCCCAGCAGCCAAUGUCUAGUCCUCCAGUACAGCCUAAGAGCAAAGGAUUGUCAAGCCCUAAACAGAUUCUGAAAAGAACAGCUGCCAAGUUCUCCCCACCUGCCCAGCACAAAGUCCUCCCAAAUGCUAAAGAUGACAACACAGCAACAGGUGCCAAAAGCAAAUCAUUGUCAAGGAAAACUUCUGACGAAAAGGAACCUGCAGAGAUAUCAUCAGGUGCUGAUCCUGUUCGACGGCGAGCUAAGAGCCCCAAACGUACUCCUCCUCCAAUGCCUCCCUCUCGUGUAGCAGAGAACACCAGAACUAACAGCUUAACUCGAGAGCUGGAGCAACGUGUGAGUGGACUGGGAUCUCCAUCUGUCCUCAAACCUGAGACCCCUGCCACCCGCAGUGAAACCCAGACUACAGUUGCUAAAUCUGAGACACGGAAAUCCAUGUCUGUCCCUCCUCCCUCACCCCCAACUGGAGGGAAACCCAUUGGCACAGCAACUUCACAAUCACCUCCGUCAUCCCCUGUCCCUGAAGAAACAAACUGUCAGUCUCAGCCCAGCUCUCCUGUCUCUUUGACACCUCCAGACACCCAUAUAGAAGAUACCUUCAAGGUUGAGAGCACCACUCGUUUUGUAGAGAAGAUUGAGCUCCCCACUGCCAUGCCAGGUAAAAAAGGUUUUCUUGGCAAACUUAGUGUCAAUCGCAAGUCUCGUGCCCCAGCGCCUCCCUCAGUAAAACGUGCACGAUCCAUCAGUGAUGCUGAGAAACGUGGCAAAAAGAUCAAUCCAUCAGACAUUUCAGGACCUGUGCUUGUGACAGAUAUUACGAACACUGCUGUGUUAGAAAAUCGUCGUAAUACGAUUUCCUUGGGUGAUGAUCCUGCUCUUGCUGCUGCAGUAUCUGGAUCACAGGUACUUGAGAAAGGCUUUGAUGACCUUGACCUUCCCAUCUUAUCCCCUUUGGGAUCACUGGAAAACCUGUAUGAAGCUAUAAUGCCUCGAGAAGGAGGAAGUGGCUCAUUCCCUUUUUAUGAUCCACCCUCUUCUCCAAGAGUAUUGUGUCCCAACAUACCCGCUGAAGGAUAUUUGGAGCCUGUACCCUCAUCUGUGUUUUCAUCAGCUACAUCCACAUCGUCUGAUACAACUGUUGUGGAGCAUUCAGAAUCACUCCAGGCAGCUAACUUAGGAUCUGCAAGUUGCAGCAUUAUUACAAAUGAUGAUGGGCAAGUGGAAGAAGAAACAGGAAGAAAAGAAAGCCCUAUACUAUGUAAUGCUGUCACUACUGCAUCCACAACCUCUUUGUCAUUAACACAGACACAGAUAUCAGAGAGGCAAGGGCAAGAUUUUGAUGAGCUUUCCCUGACAGAAGAACGACGACUUCUGCUGGCAUCACAGCCCAUAUAUGAGGAAAUAGGCAUGUACAGUAUUGGUUCUGAACGGACAAACAGUGAUGCUAGUGACAUAAAAAGCAAGUCUGGGGCUGAACAGAUGGGUGAAUCUUCACAGGCAUCCUGGACUCGUAUGGAUGGCAGGCAUGCGGGCUCAGUGCGAGCCAUGACAUUACCAAAUCCUAAAAAGAAAAGGCCUUUGGAGACAGCAUCUCAUGUGGGAGCCACAGUUGUUCUUCCACAAUCACAGUCUUCAGUACUGACACAACACAUAUCUGUUUUGUCACAGCCAUCACCAAUGACAUCUUCUAUGUUAGGAGUCCUUCCUCUUUCCUCACAGCCUUUAUCAUCAUCUCCAUUUAUGACCUCAUCUAUGACCUCUUCACUAUUAGGUCAUGGUCACUCUCAACCACUAGACAGCAAUGGAGAACUCCUUCCAUUACCACCAAUUCCACAGAUGGCACCACGUUCUGUUUCGAAAGAGACAGUUUCUUCAGAAUCUGAUACACAUUCAUCUAGUGGUGGUACACUUUCUCGCCCUCGACCAGCCCCACGACGUAGACCCAAGCGACCUGACACUGCAGGCUCUGACCAGUAUGUGUCAAUGAAUCGUCCAAAUGCACAGGUCACAUUGGGGGAGGCCAAGCUACGAGAGACAUUUCUGCGCUUGACUACCAUGAGCUUCCAGACAUUACAAGAUGUGUAUGUGCAGUGUGAAAGGUUGUUAGGCCAUGAUAAACUGAAUCUACCAUCCAGCUCCCAGCUGAAGUGGGCUGAUUUCGAUAUCUAUGGCCAGGCUCUGCAUGCAUCCGGACGCUGUGUAGUUUACAAUUCCAAGUUCAGGGCCAACAACUGUGCCUGCCAGUUGAUGGUUCUUCAUUCUCGCCCAGCAGCAGAGAUGAGCUUAUCUAGUCAUCCCAGCCUGCUGCGUCCAGUGUGUGUUUUUGCGGAUAAUGUUCCCUUCUCAUUCCUGACAGCAGACUUUAUCAAAACAAGUCAGCUGCUACAGAACUCAGUUUAUGAUUCCUGUUUGGCACGCUGUUUUAUUGCUGUUGGAAUAUUUGAUGUGGCAGAGAGUCUGGCAUCCCACCUGACAUUGCUACGGGAAACACUAAUUCAUGACCCAGAUUCAUACCUGAGAGUGUUACUCAUGGCAACCCUGCAACUUCUUAGUGCAAUGUCUCACUGUCUGGAUAGAGGAUUUACAGUGACAGAGACAGAUCUUGGUGAUGUUUUUCUUAUUGCACGCCAUGACUUGCGUGGCAAGGUUGUAGCAUUCUUGCCUCAUCAGAGAGCUCCUGAUGUUCCUCAAGGAGAAGCAAUGUGUGGCUUUUUGGACCGAUUACUACAGGAUGCAGCACAAGAUUUCUACAAUGCUCCUGAAGAAGAAAAUGACAAUGAUGGAGAGGUAAACCUUAUAGCCACAGUGGAAAAGUUACGUGCUCUGCUUGAAGGACGUAGAAUAGAAUGUCUUGCCCAAGUGCGUUCAGUGGUAGAAUAUUUAUUAUGGGGACCAUGCAAAGAAACUGAUUAUGCCCUUGCAGUUGCAAGUAGCGGUGGCAGCACUGAGGCAGGAGUUAUGGAGGGAGAGUGCAGCAGUGUUGAGCAGGACUUAUAUGCCUGGUUGGAACGUGAGCGAGCAGCAACUGUGGGCAGAUUCGCUCGCAGUGCAGAGGGUUUGGGAAUGGGUGUCUCUUUAGAAGAUUUCUAUCGUCUCAAGUUCCUGCUCAAAUCGAGUGCUACCAGCCUGGCAGAAUGCGUACGCCAGCUCUCCUAAAAUGUGAAUACUGUGUGUAUUCAGUGUGUAUGUGUGUAUGUAAGAGAGGCAAGGGGACUGCACACCAUGUCUCUUACAACUCUAUCAGAAUAAGUACAAGUUCCAUUUUAAUUUUGAAUGUAGCAGAACAAAUUAUUGCCGCUCAGUAAUGGGGCACAUCUUUUUCUGAUUUUCUUAUUUGCAUGGACAUAAUAAGUUCAGUGAAUAAAGUUCUUCAGCAGGCCUUGAAAAAGUCAUACUAACACAAUUUACUAGAUUUUCAUUGACAAAUAUGAUGUCUGAAGUUUUUGGGGUACAAAACAAUAACACCUUUAAAAUAUAACGCAUCUUCAAACAAGUCACAAGCUGUGGCAUUGACAUGAGACAGUGUGAAUAUUAUAAGUAUUCCAGUAAGUGCUCAUUUGCCUUUUAAGAUUUCAGUGAUUGCCUUAUGUCUGGACAGCAGCAGCACAUAACAUUGUUAAACUAAUAACACAAGACACAGCAUUCUCAAGAGGGUUUAUGUUAUUGUUAAGCAAAAAUUUGAAGACCUAGCUCAGAACCUAACAUUGAGAUUCAUUUAUUUGGUUUAUUUUCAUUACACAGAUCUGAUAAAGAAUUUUCUGGAAACAAAGAUUUAUGUUGAAAAUAAGUAGUUUUUUUUUUACCUUUCAUGACUCACUCUUCUUACUGCACAAGAUGAAAUCUGGGUUGGCUAUAAUGCAUGUCUGCUGCUAUUUUUACAUGCACCAUUGGUAGUGUGCAAGGUGUCUGCAUGGCCAUCUACUCCUUGGAUGAAAUCUGAAAUCAUCAACGCUAAGCAUAAGUUUCGUCAACCUGAACGGCUUUGGUGGUACUUCUUUAGUGUCUUAUCAGUUUGUUCUCUCAGAUCUUUUCUUCUAGUGUCUACAUGAACUUUUUCCAAGAAUUAACUUUAUAAGUACUUGAAUAUGGUGUUCUUCAGCAGCUCAUUGGUCAUGUGGAGGCUAACCUUACCAGUCAGCCUGUUGUAAGUUGUAUGGCACUGAGACAGCUUUAGUUUAAGCAGUGAACAAUCUUUUGAAUGUAUCUGACCAUUACUCUCUCUUCUUGUCUACAGCAUUUGAUAUGGCUUUCAUCAAUUUUUGGUGUUCAGGACACAAUGCUCAGUUGAUCUGAAUCAUUUUUCACCCAAUAUGCAUAGUUAGUAGCUGUUAGAAAUAUUAGAUCCAUUCCUGUUGUCCAUAGGUAUGUUUCUCAGGAGUCCUUAUUGAGAUAAGUUCUGUUUACAAUGUACCUGCAGCCCUAGGUUUUGUGAUGUGGUUUUGUAUAUCUUUAUCAUUUCUGUGUGACUGUAUGAUUCUGCUGCCCCAUUGCUGUCCUUGUUGAAAGCCUUCCUGUUCAGAUUCCAAAGUUUUUGCUUUCCACUUUUGGCAAGCACUCUUCUGCAGUAUUUGGACCCACAAUUUGCAAUUCCCUGCCUGUGCACUUACAACAUGCACAGAUAUAUGAAACUUAAAAAAUAAAAACACUUUAGCCCUGCACAUGUUUGUUUGGGUGUGUGUGUGUGGGUUGAGUAGCUUCUAAUAUAGAACCAGGCACAAUAUAAAAAUUAUUAUUUUUGGUGAUAUUUGGUCGUGGGAUCAAGAUUUCUUUGCAAAUAUGUUUAAAUCACAAUGAUGGACUAUUAAAUAUUAUGGGAACAAAGUUGAUGUAUCACAUGUUAAUGGUUGUCUUUGAACAAGGCAUUAUGUGCUUGGAAUACCAUUCAUGUUUUCUAGUUGUCAGCAGGAUUUUUUAAAAAUUGUUGUGUACAUUGCUUUCAAGCCAGACUUUUGUCUGUUGCCAUAGAUCUGAAAACAAAUCCACUGUGUGUUUACACAUAAUGCCAAAUUUAAAUGUAUUUUAGUCUUAUAGUACAUGCUUAUAGCAGUGACAAGUAUUUGUGUGUUUUCGUUACAUUUGCAUUAUCCAGCAACUUUGACCAUUAUGUAUUAUGUUAGGUAGGUGGUCACUGUAAAGCAGGAAGUGCAUGUCAGCUGUGCAAUAUAGAGUAUGAUCACAGAACAAGUCUGUGGUAUCAUCAUCUGGUUGUGCUUUUUACUAAAGAUUAAUAUUGACUGGAACUGGUGUCUUGUUUUGUCUUUUGUGUUCUGAUUUUGUGAGUUACUCUCUAUUAUUUUUACUGUGAUUGCUUCAUUGUCGAUAAAUAUUGGCAUGCAUUUUUUUAUUUUGGUUAGGGGACUGGCACCUGCAGGAUUCUAGCACAUAAACAAAUUAUUGAAUUUGUCUAUCCAGUGAGGUGUACUUUGUGUGAUGCACUUCAUGCAAAACAUUAUUUGCAUAAAAUAGAAUAUUUUGUUAACAUUAGCUUUUUGAGAUAAAUAUGUUAUGCAUUAGAAUUUUUCUUUCAGUCUUGAUUUCAGGCACUAAAAAGUAAAAUGUUUAUCUGAAAAAUAUAGAGAACAUUUAACUAAUAGAUUUAGACACCAGUACUUAUUGAGCGAAUUGUGAAUUCAGAAGCAAAGAGGUGUGAAAUGUCUGUGUAGCUGGAUGAAUUAUUUUCUUUGUAAGACAGGCAUCAAGCAGUGUUCAAAGCAUUUUCUUUGUUGUAAAUGAAAAUCAUAUUUGCUUUAAAGGAAUAAAUGGGGCUUAGGCGACGUACAAUCAGUUGAUAGUAAAAUAUAUAUAACUAUCCUUGACCUGUCAAUUUAUUAGCCACCAUUCAUAGUUGUGGAGGCUGACAAUUUACCACUGGUAAUUUAUCUCAAGGUUAAGUAGUGAUCUGGCAGGUAAAAAUUAAUCACGUGGUUGAUGAGCUUCUGAUAAGGUUAGCGAUCCAACCAGCACAACAGGAAUGUAUCUAAAAUGAUAAGACUGCAUUUCUUGUUCAGCUAAAACAGGAAAAUCCCCAAACCAAACUGAAAAUUAUAGGAAAAACAUUGAAAAAGAGAGCAAGAUGAUACGGAAGGUCAGUUUUAUGCACCCUUACUAAAGAGAUGCUCCAUCAGUAAAUAUUAAACAUAAUAUCAAACAACACAGAAACAUAUGAAAAGGGAGAUGGAGUGCUUGUUAGACUAAAUUUGUCAAAAUGGGUAUGUAUCAGUUUCCAAUCAUUGAAUUUGAAUAGGAACAUUCACAAUCUUCACCAUAUUUAUCUUGUAAGAAGGUUAUUGGGAGGGACUUCAAUAGAUUAGGUUUGCAACUGACAAGGCCUGCUACUCAUGCCUAUUUUGGGAAAUAGUGAGCAGACCUUGCACAUGACAACCAAUCCAGUCUUUGACAUUCUGGCCAACGCAGCAUCAACUACCCUCCAAGGUAACUUGGGCAGUCUUCAGCUAGGUGUAAUGCUGGGUCACAAGACCAAACCAGAGCAGCUUGUGCCUAGUUGCUGGCACGGUGUUAAACAAAAAUUGUGCCACUUGACUGUGGUAGUGGUUCCUGGUGUCCUACAAGUGGUGCAGCUGUGCUUCAUACAAAGUCAUUGUGUUUUGUGUUUUCUGUACAAGAUCUGGAGCAGUCUUCUGAGGCACUUGAUCUUGAAUGCCUGGAUUCUCCUUUCCUAUGAGCAGGCAAAAUCCACAUUUAACAUCCACAAAGCAGGGUUUAGGACUUGUACAGACUGUACUUUAUAGUAAACCUGAUAUUAUGGCUUCACUAGAUCCUGUCCAGCUUAGCUAUUGCUGCUUUUGCUGUUGUGAUCCUGAUGCAGAUAUCUGCUGUGGAGCUGCCAUCCUUUUCAAGUUGUACCUCAUUUAUGUAGAUUUCUGCUUUGGUGUUGCCAAUGACCAUGAUUUUGCUUUUAUCAGUGCUUGUCAUGUUCAUUCAAACUACCUGCUCAUAAGAUCUUGCAGUUCUUUGUUAGUGCCUUCUAACAGAUAUAUGUCAUUUGCAAAGCAUAGGUUGCAAAUCAGCUUUCCACUGAUGGCUGUGGAGGGUUUCAUGCAUGAUGUUCUCCAAGAUGUUGAACAGCACCUUUGAUAGACACCUACUAUCAUGUUAAAGUAGGCUCCUAUUUGGUUAUCUCACAGUACUUUGCGUUGUCAAACAAUGCUUUGAUAACAAGGCCUUUUCACAUCAAAUGCCAUAGCCCCUUGUGCCAGACUAUGUCAAAAGCCUUUUUAAAGUCUAUGAAGUUUCACUUCCACUGAUGCUGAAGAUGCUUCUCUGUCAGGAUGAAACAGUUAAAGAUUUGGUUAGCUGUGCUCCUGUCUGGUCAUAAAGCUUCAUGAAUAUAAGCUUCUUAUCUGUGAUGUACAUCAGCAGGUUGCCUGGUAGAUACCUCACAGUAGGUCAGGGGCCAGUUUCAUAAGUGACAUCCGUGCUCAUUGUAGGCAACUAACAACUGUUUAUAGGUGUAUGCCAGUACUUGUUGAUUGAAUAGUUCAUAGUCUGCAUUAUAUUUAUUCUUAAAUCCAAUCAAUUUGCAUUUUAAUAUGGACUAUAAUAACUUCUAAAAAGAAUGUUAUUCUGUAUAUGUUUCAAAUGUAAUGUGUAGUGUUGUGCAAUUGGUGUGAACUAUCUCUGAUGUGCACAUUUAUACAACACAAGCUAUAACCUACAUUUUGUCUUAAGUUUUUAUUCCCUCUUAAAAUUGACUGUCCAUUGUUUUUAAUCAGUGGUUUGUUUGCUUUUUUGUUGCUUUACUGUAGUAUGUUAUUUCGCUGAAAUAUUUUCAGUUGAUAAGGUCUGUGCAAGAUUGUAACAUUUGCAGUUAGAUCUAGCAUUUUUGCUUCAAAAAUCUGAAUCAGCUAUGUUUAUUUUGAACUGUUUUAUUCUCCUUAAUUCUUUACACUUCAGGACUUAUUGCUCAGCUACCAGUUGUCACCAUGCAUGAUGAUAUAAAAAAUAAGCAAGUUGUAAUGAUGUGUGUCAAGAGACCUCAUUUAGUUUAUGUGUAAUAGAUCUAUAGACAUUGGUAGGGCAGGCUGGGUAGGGCAGGCUUGGGUGGGGGCUGGUCAUUUUUCCCCCAAGACCAUAUCAUCCCAGCAAUAUCACCUCUCUGCCUAAGUCAAAUCAUCCCAACCAUGACCAUUUUGUCCCAAGUAAGACCACAUUGUCCAAAUGACGAAACCAGAAUCGCAGGCCCAAAAGACUUGUCUGGGUGAGGUGACAAAUAUCCUCUGGCUAAGUAAGGCUGGCUAUCAGUUUAGUCUAAACUUUAAAUGACAGUCUUUGUUUAUUCUUUAUUUGGAGGUUCUUAUUAAAUGAGUAUGUAGAGAUGUUGUUGUUCAGAUAUUGUUCAUCUUGUCUACAUACACAUAGAAAUGUAUGCAGAGGCAUGCAGAAAUGAGAGGUCAAUCCUCUACAUUCUGAAUACUGAACAUAAAGCUCCUUUGAAGUGGGGUUGAAGGGAUGAAUGAAAAUCGCCUUCGUCGUGUUUCCCAACAAAGCCACAAUUGUGGCCCAUCGUGCUAAGAGGGUUAAUAGCUACUUGUGUCAUUGGUGGUUGAUUCAUCUUUUGGUGUUGGGACAACGUAGUUUUACUUAGGUCAAUAUGGUCAUGGUCCGGACGUUUUGACUCAAGCAGUGGGGGGAUAUGGUCUUGGGACAAAAUGACCAGUGAUCAAGGCAGGUUAGUUGACUGAUGGUUUAUUAAUUAUCAAAUCAUCUGUCAAAACUGGUAUGCCUUAUGAAGCUUGUCAGUCAUCAACUGUGUCUAGUGAUUCUGGCCUCAGUCAAUUAACUUUUCAUGUUGACUCCAGCAAGUGACCUGAUGUCCCUGCAGAUUACUGCUGUUAAUGUCUCUAAACAAAAUUUAUGAGUGUGCAGGUUCUUAACAUGGCUACAUUAUCUUGUCAAAGACUGAGGAAGCCAGCAACCACUCUCAGUAACCCUACCAUGAAAAUAUUAAAAACUUGCUUGCUUCUAGCAUUAUAAAUAUUGCAGCAUCUAGAUUAUUACUAAUGAACAUUAUUCUAAGGACUAGACCUAUUCCAAGAUUAUAAACAUAAUAACAACACUACAAAGUGAAUGGCAAUAAGCAGAAACUGAAGAAAUGGGAAGUAUAAGGACAGUAAAAAGGAAGGGGGAACGACUAUUUAUUAAGGGUCUUCACCCUUAAGAUAAUUCUUCAGCGAUUCACAUAGGUACUACACUGCUGAGCUGCUGUGUAAAUUCAUCUUUGGUUUUUGAUGAACCCAUAUGUUCCAUAAAUGUUUAGUAUAUUUUGAUCUGAAAUUGCAAGGGGAAGUUACAAAAUCUUUUUGGCUAGGUCAGAAGAAUUUAAUUAUCUUAGCUGAAUCAUGUUUUUUCCAGAAAUGUAGGUUUUGUGAGUGCAAUGCUUAUAAUUAUUCUUUUUUUUUUUUUACAGCUAUAAGGUAGUCAUGUGAAUGUUACCACUGACUCAGGCUUGUUUAUCCCUAUUUGCACAUUUCCUUAAACUAAUGCAAAAAAAGUACUUAAAAGUCAUUGUGCACUACUGUGGGUAAUUCUAAAAGUACUACUCUGCAUUGUGAUAGAUGCAGACAGGAGUUUUUGUGAUUUAUCAUUAUACAUCUAUAUUAUUAACAGCCAGAGUGAAUGUCAGCUGUAUAUAAGUUGCCCAUAAGGUAUAUGUUUAAUCCUGCUGCGUGAGAGGGAUGGGGUAGAUGCAAAGAAUUUAAAAGUCAGAAGGAAUAAAAAUUAUGAUUUCAAUAUAGUGAAAUCUUUAUAAAAUGUAUGAAUGAAUGUGCAUGUACACCAUACACACCUUCUGACAGGCAAUGUUACUGAAACUAGUGUUUCAGCAGACUUUGAAUCCAUGCAUGCUGAAGUCAUGGUGGGAGAAGGAAUAGAUCAAUGUUGAACUGCAUAAAUUUAACCAGUACAAUUACAAAAGAACUGCUCACGAUUAAAAAAAGAAACUUGCUAACAGUGGAGUUAAACCUGUUUGUUCACUACCUGGGUGACAACUGCUGAUACAUUUGUGGUCUUUUUUUAAGAGACUUACACUUAAAAGAAGUUGGAUAAUAACUUGUGGUAGGAGACAGCUUUAGAUGGCAUGCAUCUGCACUUUAUGUGUAUAUGUGUUGAUGAUAAUUAUGUUCUUCACAUGUUCCUUAUUGCAUAACAUACCAAUGUUUUUUGGCAUGGAUAGCAUUUGUUCUUUUUAUAUGAGCAGUUUUUUUUUUCUUUCCAUUGCUUUUCUCUCCCUUUUUCACAAGCAAAAAAAUAUGCACACAUAUACUGGACUGGUAUGUGCAUUUUUAAACUUUAUUUUUAAAAUGUUUUGUUCUAAAGUGCAUUUAUGACCAUGUCAGUCUGCAUAUUUAUAUAUUGUUUGUGCAUGUGUGCAUGCAUAUGGGGUAAGGGUUGGGCAUGUGUGCAUACACCUUUGGUGUACUAAAUGUAGUAAACAAAUAUUUGACAAAUAGCUCAAUCAAAUGUGAACAGGCCACGUCAAGUCCACUUAAAAUACCAAUUGAAUAUUUUUACCUUUACAUUUGAUGAUAUUAUGUUUUAUGCUGUGCUUACAUUACGUUUGUUGAAUAAUCAUUUUGUGUGGUUCAAAAACUUUUACAUAUUUUUUUACUGUAUGUUUUACCCAUUUUUUUUAAACAGAUGGAUUUAUAAAAAAAAUAUUAUUUAUACGACUUUUUGUUCGCACAUUCUUUUAUUAGUACAUGCAUGUAUCACAUUUAUGUGUGUGUCCCUCUAGUCUGUCUCAGCAUAUUCCUCAUCCUUUUCCAUUAUUUUUAUCAUACUUCUUCACGUUAUUUAUUCUUAAGCUUUUUUUAAAAUUUUUGACUAGUAUUAUUAUACUGUCAAUUAAUGAAUUGAAAUGACCACAGAAAUGUACUUAUUAUGCUGGUUUGUACUCUAAAAGCAGAGCUUCAUCUCUUUUUUAGAAGUAGUUCAUUGAAAAUCAUCAUAAAAUAAGCAUUUUUUGUAAAAUCUUAAAAAAACUGAUGGAGAAAUGAUCUGUUAUUCAAAGUGUUAAGGUGAAUUUGGAAUUAUUGAGGUUGGUGGACUUAACUGAUCUUAGAAAAAGCUAAGAUUAAAAUGAUGCCUAACAAGUAUUUUAGGAGAAAUAGAAUUGUCUUGGAUUUUUUAUCUGAUUUUAGUAUUUUGUUAUGUUUUUUAAAUAAUCAGAUUUCAUGAAGUCCUCUCUUUCUGCCUACACGAUUGUUUUCAGACCCUCCUGUUAUAGAUGGUUAUAGAUCUGAUGUUUAUGUAUUUGUUAUUGCUAUAGUCAGCUAAAUAAUAUUUGUUGACAAGAGAUGCUCAAUCCUUAAGAUGUGAGAUAAAUACUGUUGAAAGUGGAGAUUCUGUUCAUACAAAACACUGGCUAGGAACUAACCAAACAAGAAGUCUUUGUAUACAGACAUUGCCAAUGUCUUAUGAUCUUAGAUUGUAGAUUAGGGAAGAUGUGUAGUUGUGUUGUCAAGAGUAUACCACAUCACCAAAGAAAUAUUUGUAUUUGACCCACUUUUGGCAGUAUCUUGACUGAUUCUGAAUGUAGCAUCUGUUUACAGGGCUGGCUGCCUUGCAGUGAUAUAGCCUUGCUGGCUUGGUGUAAAACACCAAUUCCCCCCUCCCCUGACUACAGUCAUCAUAAGAUCGUCAUAUAGUUUUAGACUGGAGUUCUGUUCUUCUCUUUUUAUCAUACUUUUGUAACAUAAUUAUUGAAAAAGUCCAACUUUGAUUCCAGUGACCUAAAUGAUUAUCACCCAGUCUCUAACCUCCCAAGUCUUGUCCUUGGAAGGAGUUGUUUUCUGUCCACUAUUCUGGAUAACCAUUUCAGUUUGGUUAUUGGGAUCAUUAUUUUAUUGAUAUAGCCCAGGUGUAUGUAGUCGGGGAUUUGUUGUGUGCUUGUGACGGUAGAUAAUAUUUCAAUGCAUAUUUUAUUUCUGUGUUGAAUUUGUUGGUUGCUUUUUGAAAUGUUGGACUAUGUCCUUAUUUUUUAGCAACCUCAUAUUGAGUUUCACAAGAUGGUUUUAUUUAUAUCUGGCUGACUGUAGCUACUUUAAAUGGCUUUGUUAUGAAUUACUGCAGUCUUAUGGUCAAGUGUGUGUUUCGAUCUCCUUUGUUCCUUGACCAUGUCGGCAUGCAGCACCACAUGCUUGAAUACAACACAUGUCUGCAGGCAUCUUGCUCUUUACCUUUUUCAGCCCCUCACAUGAGCACACAGCAAACAGCUGAAUCAGUGAAGAUGGGGAUUGUACAAAUAAAUCUAAGAUAUGAUCCCAAAACAGAUUAUACCAAUAGCCUCUGAAAAUCAUUGAAAGUCUGUGUUGUUUUUUCCCCCUACUCUUGUGUUCUAUCUUUUCUUCUUUUAAGAAAGUUCCGUCCUUUUUCUUUCUCUCUCUCUCUCUUUUAAGAAAAUACAGCUGUCAGAGAUCUUAUCUUGGUGUGUUUAUAGACAUAUCACUGUCUGUGGAACAUACCUUUUUUUUUGCAGGACCAUUCAUGUCGUUCUGUCUGGUCUUGUGUUGUCCAGUUUUGACUGUUAUAAUUCUUAUUUGUUUUAUUUGUUGGUAAUCCCAGCUUUCUGCUUGGCAUGCUUCCAAAAGUUCGAAACAAAAUAUUUUUUGCAUUGUUUUCUCUAAUCUUAGGACAUGCUAUAUUUUGUCAACAGGCUGCAUGGGUUGCUAGCUUUUGUUUGUCUAUAGCUUUACCCAAACCUGUGUGUCUGAACUGUUGAUGUCCUAUUACUUUCAUGAAGUUGAUUUCUUGAAUAUUUUUUUUUUCUGGUCCCAGUAAUUGAUAUCCCUUGCUCUAAUUCCUUUUUCAAUGUGCAUAUGAUUACAUUCUGCCUAGGUCUGAUGAUUGACUAUAUAUUAUAUCCAGGAGUAUAUUUCAUAAUGACAGAUAAGACGAAUGAUUCAAUUAAAAUGUUUGUUCUUAGUUCUAAUAAUCCAAAAGUAAUCACUAAUACAGGACUAUCACAGUUGUUUUUUUUUUAAAAACCACAUGUUUAAAAAAAAAACACAUCAGAAGUUUAACAAAACAACUGCCCUCAAUAGUAAAGCAAAUAGCACCAGACAAAAAUAGUAACUAUCAAUGAGAGACUAGAUUUUAAAAAACUUCUAGCCAUACUUUCAAAGCAACAAUCGCCCCAUUUACUGCCUUUACUAAUGCACAGGUGAAACAUGAUCCAAAAUGGUAAAAGAAAUGCUGCUGUCAGAUAUAGAGCAAAACAGUACUGUAGUUGUAUCCAUCAUGAACAGAGUUAAACCAGAAAGUAGUCUUUUUAAAAGCUGAUUUUUGAAAGAUCUACCCCUGCUCUUUGCUUACACUUUAUUUGUUUGUUUGUUACUGUUUCAAAUUUAACUUUAAAUAAAUUAAUUUGUGCUUUGUUUCAAUGUCUUGCUGUAAUUGUAUUGCCUUGGAGGUGUGAGUAUCAAGACCAUUUCAAGACAGCUAUUAUAAUAGGUGGCAUUACUUCAUUUUAUUUUAUUUAUCUCUAUAACCUGUCCAGUUGUUUUGCAGGUAUCCAUGUGUUUCUUGGUGUUAUGUGUGUGUGUUCAUGUCUCUGGUUGUGUGAGUUUUGUUCUUGCACAACACUUUAAAAAAAAUAGAAUGCUUGUGUCCAAACCUAUGCUAAAUAUUUUUAUUUAAUUAAGUGUAAACCACUUCUACGCAUUACUAUUGGUUUUUACCUGCUAAUUAUGAGAGCAUUCCGCACUUUCAUCUGACUAAACUGUCAUUUUGUGUUUGUGAUGUAAUUGACCAUAAAGCUUUUGCAUUUGUAUUAAUGAGCUUUGUUAAUAUCCUGCAGAGAAUAUUUGCAAAUCUAGUCAUGUAAAAAUAUGUGCACUGACUUGUCGAUAGCAUGUUAUCAUAUUUCUCUCAAAUGCAUGUAAAUACCUGCACAUGCAUACAGGUGCGUGAAUACAGAACUUAUAUUUUUGAUUCGGUGAAAUAAUUACAUAUUGCAUACUAACUUCAUAAGAAGAUGAGUGUCAGAAUGUACGUGAACAAAUUAUAUUUAAUGUACAAUGUUGGGAGAUUCCCUUCUCCUUUUAUCCUGUUAUCCAUUGUAUUUUUAUUUUGCUGCACUGUUAUGUAGACCAAAGAGCUAAAACUUGGAAAAUUAAUUAUAAAUCCACCCCUGCUUUUCUUGUAUUUUCUUUUAAAAACUUUUACAAAGUUAUUUUUCAUUCACUUUUAAUUUUGUUUCUAUGUGCAAGUCUUUUGUCUUAUAUGUCUUGCAACCAGUAGAAUUCUACUCACAUCAUCUUUCCUCAUACUUUUAGUAAUCUUACUCUCACACCGCAAACCUCCCAUUUGCCAAAAGAUCAUUUGACUGUCAUGAUCUGUAAUUUCUUUUAGUAAUGGUACUCCAUCAUUUUGUAGUAUAAUGUUAAGUAUACAUCAGACUCACAGUUUUGGCUUGUGUGGUCUAUAUCCCACAGUUUCUUUUUGUCCUCUUUGCUGUGUGCAUGUGUGUACACCUGCACAUGUGUGUUGUACGUAUGUGUGUGUUAUGAGGAAUAGACUGCUUUCUUUUGGACAUCGAAGUCCCAUUGAUCCUUGUCUCAGCUUCAGUUUUUGUCACCUCACAUGUAAACUUAUAAAGGAAUAAACGACUUUUCACCUUUUCUUCCACAAUCAUUAUUAUCCUGAUGGUUUCUUAGUCUCAACAUUGCUUUUUGAUACCAUAUAUUCUUAAAGAUAACUGAUCAUCUAGAGGAAAUCCCAGUGAAAUGUGCCAAUGCCCCACUCAGAAAUUCUGAGUACUCUCCUUAAAUUCCACUGGUUACAUGCUUUUUGACUUUCUUUCAGUCAUUUCCGGUGCUAGUCCAUUCCACAUUUGUUUGCAAUAUGUCCUUUCUACACCUCUUAGCAGCAAUUUUAACUCCAUGCCAAAGAUAGAAAUAUUCUUGAUGGAGAUAGACUUCAUUAUUUUUGUUAUGCCUCUGCUAAUGCAGUCAUUUGAUAGUUAAUUGUUUGGGUUUUUUUUUUUUUGUUUGGUUGUUUUUUUUUUUUAAUUAGUUUUUACGUCAGAGCACUGUUGUUAUUUCAAGGAUUUAGUUUGGGAUCAAACAAAGGUAAGGCCAGAUUGGGCUGUACUGCACACAUAUUUAUGGUUUCUGUGCAUAUAGUGCCAUUUCCCUGCUCCUCAAAUGUUAGUUUUCAACAUGUCUCAAGGAGAAAGAGCUAUAGAGACGUUCAUGAAACCUUAUCACAUUUUGUGACCUUUACUGGUUUGAAACUUUCCUUUACAUUUUGCAGGUUUGUUGUUUGAAAAUUCUGUUCAAAACAGCGUAUUUUUUACUGUAUUUAAAUGCUCCAGUCCACAAUAGCCCAGCCUGGCUUUGUAUUUGACACAAAUAAGCAUUGAACACAGUAAAAGUCUGUACGGAGUUCAAAA